AUGGCCGAGAUCCGUCGUAAGCUUGUCAUCGUUGGUGAUGGUGCCUGUGGUAAGACUUGUUUGUUGAUUGUCUUCUCCAAGGGUACCUUCCCUGAGGUCUACGUCCCCACCGUCUUCGAGAACUAUGUCGCCGAUGUCGAAGUUGACGGCAAGCACGUUGAACUCGCCCUUUGGGAUACUGCUGGUCAAGAAGAUUAUGACCGUCUCCGUCCUCUGUCUUACCCCGACUCCCACGUCAUCUUGAUUUGUUUCGCCGUCGACUCGCCAGACUCGCUCGACAAUGUCCAGGAGAAGUGGAUUUCCGAGGUUCUUCACUUCUGCCAGGGCCUUCCCAUCAUCCUUGUUGGCUGCAAGAUGGAUCUUCGUCACGACCCCAAGACCAUUGAAGAACUCACCAAGACCUCCCAGAAGCCCGUCUCUCCCGAACAGGGUGAGGAAGUCCGCAAGAAGAUCGGCGCCUACAAGUACCUCGAGUGCUCUGCUCGUACCAACGAGGGUGUCCGUGAGGUCUUCGAAGCGGCCACUCGCGCUGCUCUUCUGACCAAGACGAGCAAGAGCAAGAAGAAGUGCGCUAUCCUGUAA